GUGCAUGGUUAUAGAAUGUCACUAUGGAGUGAGCACAUAGGAAGUGUGGAAGAAUGUUUUGUGGAAGCAGAGAGUGUUGAAUGUGUGAGAAGGAUAAGGUCAUUGAGUGAGUAUAACUGGAGACAAUACGUGGCUGAUGAGGUAACUGAGAUGAAAAGCCAUUUACUGAAAUACCCUCUUGAGGUUGAUUCAAAGGGCAAUGUCAAGCCUCUUUUUGGGUGUGAGACUUUCCCGGAUGUUGGUGGAAACAUAAAGGGUACUUUUACUGUACUUCAAGAAAAUCUCACCGUCUGAACAAGAAUCAACAUAGACGAAUGUAUUUGAUCUAAAUAGAUAAAUAUAUUGAUUCAACUUUCUCUACUAGAAGAAGAAGAUGCAAUA